GACCACACAGAGCGGUGGGAAUGCAUGCUAGCUCACACCACAUGCGCCUCCAUUCCUCAUGGAGGUCGAUCGGCUAGAGAUGUAUAUAUACAUCCACACACGCUCUGCUCAAGCAACGAGGAGCUAGCGUCCAUUCCCCAUUGCUUCGUCCUAUACCUAGCUCGGCGCUUACUUUUCCUCAACCGACGCCAUGCGAGGCCCCCACGCCAGGGCCUUCCAGCAAGGCUUCCUCAAGAACUUGAUCCUGAGCCUGCAGGCCCGCAGCGAAGCCUGCUGCGUCUCAUCCUCGGGGAGCGCGAGCGCCGUGAUGAGCCUCCAGGAGAGGAAGCGCGCCAUCAAGUCGUCGGCCGACAUCGCCAUGGCCGCCGCCCGCGGCGGCGGAGCGCGGUGGCCGCGGGCCAUCUUGGCUUCUUCUUCUUCUUCUUCUUCGUUGUCGUCUAGGCCGGCGACGUGCAAGUCGCCGGCCGGGAAGGCGCGCAGGUGCAAUAGGAUCGUGAGGCGGUGUUUCCGCGCGAGGAGGUCGAGAGACGGCGCUGGUGCUUGUUCCCGUGCAAGAACGGCGACGGCGAUGAUGACUAGCGGUGAGGUUGCGAGGAGGCUGGUGAGGAAGAGGACCAAGGUGCUGAGGAAGAUGAUACCUGGAGGCGAGCUGCUCGACGAGAUCUCGCUGCUUCAUGAAGCCAUGGACUACGUCGCGCACCUACACGCGCAGGUUGACGUGCUCCGGCGCAUCUCGAAUGCAGUGCGAUGAGAUCCGGUUUACCAGGGCUUUUGCACCAAGUGCGUGCCUAGAGGAGGAAGUAAAAGGGCGGUUCAAUUUUCAGGCGAAAUGGCGGAUAGAUUGUCCGGAGUAGCAGGUAUGCAGAAAGGGGAGGAGAGAUCACGCAGAAAGUACGCCGCCUGCUGGAAAAAAAAAGCAUGUGGAAAUGAUGAAGGCUGUGUUUAGAUGGAGGGAAAAGGGGAUGCGAAAAGUCAUAUCGGACACUGUAGUAUAAUGUAGCAUUUUUCGUUUAUUUGUGGUAAUUGUUGUCCUACCAUGACCUAAUUAGGCUCAAAAGAUUCGUCUCGUCGUGUAAAUCAAAACUAUGUAAUUAGUUUUUUUAUUUACCUACAUUUAAUGCUUCAUGCAUGCGUCA